CCUUCUCCCACCCUUUGUUCCCCCUCCCUCAAAAUGCUGUGUGUGCGUGUCUCCCUCCCUCAUAUUGUCUGAGGCCAGGCUUCAAGGAUGGACUUUGCACUGCUGCUCCUGUCACUGUGGGCUCUGGCUGGAACUGUGUCUCUGCAGGCUUCAGGGACAGCAGGGCCGUGCCCAGAGAGGCUGCUGGGAGAGGAGAGGAGGAGGACGUGCCCUCGACCCUGUAAAACAGACAAAGACUGCGGCAACAAGCGCCAGUGUCUGUGUGACGGCCAGUGUGGCCUCAGCUGUGUGGCUCCAGGCCGUACUUGUCCCUGGCCUCUUCCGCCAAGUGAAAACUCAGUUACUCGCCUCCUCUCUCCCACUCACUCCUUUUCUGCUCUGCUGGAAGUGCGUUGUAACCCAGGAUUCACGUUACCUAGUGGCUUGGAUGUGACUAUCCGCCGUUGCCAAGGUGACCGGCAGUGGAGUGGGGAUGAACCCAACUGCACAGAAACUCAGAAACCCACACCACAAGGUGCCCAGACUUGCCCUCUGCCUGAAGAAGUGCUUGACACCUUCAGCAUCCAGGGCAGCGCUGCCGUAGGAACCUCCAUCCGCUACAGCUGUCUGUCUGGAGCGGAUAUAGUGGGAAGCAGUGAAAAUUUCUGUCAAGAUAAUCAAACCUGGCAGUACCCUCACCCCAUCUGUCAAAAAGUGUACUGUCUGCCUCCUCGAGAGGUGGAGCAGGGCUACGUGGUGGCUGUCCAGAAGACAGAAUAUGAAGUGGGCUUUGACAUCCACUACCUGUGUAAAAAGAACUACCUGCUGGAUGGACCCCAGAAGGUCACCUGCCUGUCAAAUGGCAGCUGGAGCGCACCUCCUCCAUACUGCAGAGCCCGCUGCCUCAUUCCUGCUGAGCGAAGCCGCGUGGUGAUUGGUGGAGAGAAACGCUGGCCGUUUGAUGUUAUAGAUGCCAUGGUUCCACAUGGGGAGAACGUGACGUUCUAUUGCAAACACCCUCAUAAGCAUUGCCGCUUCAAUGCAACCCAGACCUGCUUCGAUGGAGCGCUCUACGCACCUGCCUGCUACCUUGAGCCAACCUGGCUGCAGUACAAGCUCUUCCCACAUCGACUGAUCUCAGAGAUUGACCCGUGUGAGCCUGGUUAUGUGGAGUGAUGACCCAUCCAUCCGCCUCAGCCUAAACUCGGCACUCAUGACACUGACUCACAACAUGCACACUCCUUUCUGCUGCCCUGACACGCAACAGUCCCGUACACCGACAUCCCUAACUCUCCCUGUUCACCCUGCAGCCUCUGUUUGAACCUGGAACCGCUGCAUCUUGUGAAAUCCCAAAAUUUUCCUCACUGAAUGUUUGUGUGUGGUUUAGCAGGUUCAUGUGUCUUCCCUGUGCUUGUGGCAUCACGGGUUUGAAUCCUGCUUAAGACCUUUGUCACCUCAGUCUGCUGCGUACUAUGAAAAACUGCAGGCAAAAGACUAACCUUUAAGCCCCUCAAGUAUUUCUUUGCUCCCUCUUCCAAGCGUGAGCCAGUUCGUAUAUUAGAUGGUGACACAUAUGUGAUGAUGUAUAAUACAGUAAUACAUGUUAUACCAUUUAGUAAUAAUACCUUCCACAUAGCUUGUGAUGUGGCUAUGCCUUGACUCUGUGAUCUCUCUCACUGUGUGAUCCUCGGCUUGUUGUCACUUGUAUGUUUUGUUGUCAUCAGCCUUUUCUUUCCUCCACUGACUUGUCACUGACGCAUCAAGUCUUGAGGCUUGUAAGUUUUAUUUGAUGUGAAGGAUUCGAAAUAAAACAAUGUCAAAAUG